UCUCCGGCUCUCCGCCGCCGCUGCUCCUCCGCGGUUAUGCUACACGAAUCCGGAGGCGAGCAGCUCUCUGGUUUACACAGCGUUAUUUGAGCGUGCGUGCGUGUGUGUGUGUGUUUAUCGCGACGAGACAUGUGUGUGAAACUGACCAUAGGAGUGUUGCUCAUGUUGACCGUAACGCAGCACGGAGACGCAACGGAGUCAACGGGAGACGUUCAUGAGACAUCGCAGGAGAGGCUGCUUAACGUCCAGAAAAGACGCCUGUCGCUGCAGAACACAGCGGAGAUCCAGCACUGCCUGGUGGGCGCCGGUGAUGUGGGCUGCGGGAUGUUCGAGUGCUUCCACAACAACUCCUGCGAGAUCCGCGGGCUGCACGAGAUCUGCAUGACGUUCCUGCACCACGCGGGCAAAUUCGACUCUCAGGGGAAAUCAUUCAUCAAGGAUGCGCUGAAGUGCAUGGCCCACGGGCUGCGCCACAAGUUCAGCUGCGUGAGCCGCAAGUGCCUGGCCGUGAAGGAGAUGGUGUUUCAGCUUCAGCGCGAGUGCUAUGUCAAACACAACCUCUGCUCAGCGGUCAGGGAGAAUGUGAACGUCAUGGUGGAGAUGAUCCAUUUUCAAGACCUGUUCCCCAAAGGGCCUCAUGUGGAGCUGGUGAACAUCCUCCUGGGCUGCGGAGAGGAGGUACGUGCAGCCAUUGCUCAACGGAUCCGCGAUCAAUGUGAGCAGAACUGGGGUGCUCUCUGUGCCAGCCUGAGCCUCUGUUCUCUGAGCCACACAGAGCGCCAGGGUGUUUCCACCCUUGCCCCAGCCUUCACCACCCCACACAAGGGCAGUGCCAACACCUUGCCCCCUGCUAGCCGGCCACUUUUAGAGGCAGAUGUAGAGCAGGUUUGGACUCAUGGGGAUAGAGAUAAACAUGAAGACCACCUUCAACCUUCAGAACCUCGGUCUCAGGACAACAGCACGCAGCCUGAGACCACACCGCUUAGGAAGUCUUUGAAUGCCACUCGAAGAAGGUGAAAGGCAGAGGAAACUCACUGGCUCUGAAAUUUGUGUGUACAGAAAGUAAGCUUGUCUGCUGGGCUACCUUCACAUUACUUGGCUGAAGUGGCACAAAUCAGAUUUUUUGCCUUAAUGUAACACAAAUGUGAUCUUUUCAAAUCAAGUCUGAGCCACUUCCAUAUGUGGUCUUAGAUUGGAUACAUACCUUAAUUAGUGGCCAUGCGUCCCUAAUGAGAAUGCUCAGAUCAGAAUUCAUGUGUUUUGUUUCAAUGUGCAUGUGCCAUCAUUCAGCGUUACUGUGGCAGCAAUGCCAAACCUAAAUUUAAUGAUCGUAAACGGUGCAAAAGCAAUGCAUCUGACUCCUUUUUCACCUUUGUCUAGCUUAGUCCAGUUUAUCUAUGCGAAUGUUAGAAAGAUCAGAUCUGAGCAAAAAAUCGGAAUUGGGUAACAAAGACUGUAAUGUGAACAUAGCCUUAGUUAUUACACACCGACCACUUACCUUGCAGCCUCAAAGACAUACAAGUGUGAGAAAAGAUGCCAUGAGCCAAGACCUCCAGCAAUUCUAGGUGUACCAGUCUUUUUUCAAAACUAUUAGUGAGUUUAAUGGCACAAAAACGUCUACAGGGAGUACGUCCUUUCUUUGAGAGUACUGUAGUACCAUGGUAAGCACAGGCUGCAUUCCUGUGAUUGCAUAAUCUGCAUCUCAAAUCAUUUGCAUAAUGACUGCAUAAGGGCAGUGCAGUUCCUACUGCUUUUAAAACAAAAUCAGAGCUUUAUAUGCUUUCCUGGAAAAGACAAAAUAUUGCAAACCUGAGCAAAAAAUGCACCUGCCUGCCAUCGGAGGCAUACUCUUAUCAGAAGAUAACACUAGUGACACUCCUUUGAUUCACUUGAACUCAGUACAAACAGCUAACACAGCUCUCAGUAAGUCAUGGUAGUGAGUAAAACGUCAUGGUGCUGUUUCUCAGGAGCACAGUUUAGUUCUUGCUCGGUUCCAUGUUUUGUUUCUAAACAAACCUGCCUCUCUUUCAUCCAUUAAAUGCCGUUGCAAUGUUGUCUGUGGUCAAUACAGUACGACUUGGUAGAUCAAUUUAAAGGUGCACUCACAGGUGAUUUCAUGGAAAUGAAGCGGGGACUCCACUAUCUGUUCUGCUAUAAAAACUGAGGCAAGACAUCCAGUGACCUCUU